AUGUGCACCGAUGUUGUGGGAGCGUCUUUCUACGCCCUCCUUUGCGUCAUCGCCUGGCACCACUUGUGCUAUGUCAGCCUUGUGGUACCCUGCGGGUGCAGCGGUUGGCUGUGCUCGCACUUCGUGCCUGCCUACCUCCAGGAGCCCCUCGAGAGGGCCCAGCGGCGCGACGCCGCGGGUCCAGCGGCCAGCGGGACGAUCCACGCGGCCGCCGAACGAAGGACCCCUUGCGGGUCAGAGCUGCGGUCAGACCCGCGCUCUGGCAGCGGAGGCCAGCCAGCCAGCAAGGGCAAGGGCAAGGCCACGCUGAAGGCCAAGAAGCCGAAUAAGCGAGGAGGCAGAGCGGCGGACACGCGUCAGCAUCGUCAGCUCCGAGGGAGCGCCUUUAGGAAGCUUGCGGCGUGCGGUAGCGCGGCGAAGCUCACUCAGGAGGAGCGAGCAGCGGUGAAGAGGCAGCUGGCGAGCGACAUCGAGAGGCUGACGACGGAGAGUCAGAACAUGAGGCAGGAGCUUCAGAACAGGGACGUGGCGAUCGCAGAGAUGAGAGGACAGCUUCAAGGUCAGCAGCAGGCUCAGCAGCAGGCUCAGCAGCAGCGGGUAGCCCCGCGCGGCGAGAUGAUGGAUCCGAAGAUCCUUCACAAGGUGAAGCCGUUCGACGGCCAAAGGUCGAGCUGGAAGACGUUCAGCUUCCAGUACAGAGCGUACCUGAUCGCCCAGGAUCGGAGGUACCGAGAUCUUCUGGAAAGGUGCGAGGACGGAGCCCAGGAGGUGGACAACGUCAACCUGGACCCGCAGGAGGAAGAACUCAGCACGCAGUUGUACUACGGCCUGGUCCUGGCCAUGCCCGAGGACUCGGUGGGCGAGCUGAUCGUGAGGAACAGCCCAGUAGGAGAAGGAGCCGAGUGCUGGAGGAAGCUUCAGAAGGAGUACAACCCGAGCGAGGCAGGCAACGUGCUGGCGAUGUGGACCAAGCUCACGGACACGAAGUUCGACGCCAAGGAAGACGUGAUGGUGAGCAUCAGCAAGCUGGACGAGGACAUGGCGAGGUACCAGAAGAUGGCAGGAGAGCCCGUCUCGGACCUGAUCAAGCGCGGCAUCCUCACAAAGGCGCUGAAGGAUCACGACGAGCUGCAGAAGCACGUGUUUCGGAACAGCAGUCGGUUAAGUACGUACGAGCUUCUGAGAGCCGAGGUAGUGUCGGCGUUGAUGGCAGAGCGAGCGGUUCAGGACGACCCGAUGGAGAUCGGAGCGCUGAAGGGCGGAAAGAGACCGUGGAAAGGCCGCGGCAAAGGGAAAGACGGAAAAGGCAAGGAGAAGCCAACGAAUCCCGACGCCGAGAUCGAGUGCAACUACUGCCACAAGAAGGGCCACCGCAGCGCAAACUGCCGAAAGCGGAUCGCCGACGAGAAGAAGACAGCCGAGAAGGACAAGAAGGACAAGAAGCAGUUCCGAAAAGAGAAGGCAAAAGAAAAGAAGAAGAUCGGGGCAGCGGCAGUCAGGGAGCUCGAAAGGUUACGACAGACAGGAGUGGGCACAGGUCACAAGAAGCGCAACCACACGAUCGACUGGAAGUACUGCUUGCCUGGCUACUACCAAUAUGACUGCUGCUCUUGCAAGAAGACCUUUGAAGGAUGGCGAUGGCACUACGAUCAGUGGCAGCUGGACUACUGUGCCGUGUGUGCCGAGUACUGCCUGGACAGCUUCAAGGACGGGGAAGAGCCAGACGACAACAAGAAGCCAAAGCCAAAGAAGCGCAAGAAAGCUGCGGUGAGCCCCGCGCUGGCCGGCCCCAGGCCUGUUACCAUCGCUGGUCUUCGGCCCGUGGAUGAAGAUCAGAGCCCUGCGGAUGACCGAUUGCGGUUAGCCCCGCUUCGGAAUGCGAUCAUGCUAGAUUCAGGUGCGCAGAUCAGUGCGAUACCGAGGUCACAGGUGACCAAGCACAACUACACGCCGACGGACAGCAACGUUGUCGGCUUGAAGGGCAUAGGAGGCGAGGAGAUCGAGAGGUACGGCCACGUGGUCACUGGAUCAUCAACGGUACCAUCGAGCCACCUGAUGGAGCUGAGUUCGUACCUCUACGUCGUCACCAAGGAACCAGCUGAUGAGAACAAGAUCCCGAAGGUGGUGUUCGACAUCUUUUACGUAGGGACGGACCAGCUGGCUGCGAAGUACAAGCUUAAAGGAGGUUACUUCAGCAUCAGGGAGAAGACGUCGGUCACGAAGGCCGAGAUAGACCAAGCGGUCUCUGUCUUGAAUGUUAUCGACUGUAAGAUCUUGGCUCAGGCGACGUUGUACGCGAACAAGGAGAUGGAUGACUACAAGGUGUCCUUCCUGCUAGGCGUGCUGGAAGCUUGGGGUCACACAACAGUCAUACUUCAGACAGACCAGGAGCCUGCCACCAUGGCUCUGGCGCAGGCAGUUCGAGAUCGCAGAUCACACUCAACCUUGGUGCGGGGAUCACCGCCCUUUUCCAAGCAGAGUGCAGGCUACGCUGAAGGAGGUAACAAGCUAGCAGCUGGUCUACUUCGAGCCUACAAGCUGAAGCUGGAGCACAAGCUGGGCAGCGAGAUCAAGAUGACGGAUCCGAUCGUGCCAUGGCUUGUGAACUCGGUGGGGUGGAUGAUCACCAGAUUCCAGCCUCGCAGUCACGGAGGUUCCUCCUACAAGAUGCUCUACGGCAAAGAGUACAACGGCGAGAUUGCGGAGAUGGGUGAGCAGGUCUGGUAUCGGAUCUCAGCCCGAGUUGCCGCGGGACGUGGCAAAUGGGAAGCCCGCUUCGCAAAAGGAAUCUGGGUUGGUAAGAGCGAGCUGGACGACGCACAUCUCGUGAUCGAUCCUGAACGUGGAGUGCAGAAGGUCAGAACGGUGAGAAGGAUGCCUGAGGAGUUCAGGUGGCAGCCCGAGCUCAUCCAGCACAUCAGGGUGACGCCCUGGAAGCAGACGCCCGACAAGAGUUCAGGAACCAUCGGACGCAGCAUGUACAUCACGGAGCGCAUGAUCGAUGCUCAUGGUCCUACCGACGAUUGCAGGAAGUGCAGUACAGGAUACGGUUCGCAUUCGGCAGCCUGCCGACAGCGUUUCGAGACCAUUCAGGCCGACUUGCUGCGCGAGAAGUUGGCGAAGGACCCUGUGGCCCCUGAGGCUACAGUCGUGGUGCCAGCGCCGGCUGCGGGAAGCCCCGCGCCUGGAGCGACUUUCGGCGAAGUGCCCCAGGUGAAGUUCGUGAAGGAGCUGAGGAGCCACUUAGGAGAUCCUGAGGAGCAACAGGUGGAGCAGAUGGUUGAGGUGAGCGCCGAGCUGCAUGAGAAAGACCAGUGGAGCCCAAAGACGAUACACUACGAUUACUACACUGGAGAGCCUCUGGAUGAGGACCUGUAUCAGAAGGGUCGCGACGACGAGCUGCAGGCCAUGAAGGACUACGGGGUCUACGUGGAAGUGGCGACAUCGACGGCGACCGACGGCAAGCACAUUGGAGGUUUCCCGAUAGCCCACAUGAAAGAAGGAAAGGUCAGGUGGAGGUUCGUAGCAACCGAGGUGAACAAGUACGAGGUCAGGGAGGACAACCACCAAGGCACGCCCCCGCUCAUGAUUGUCAGAGCGACGCUGAGCCGUGCCGCUUCAAGUCCAACUUCCAGCGGGCAGCACCUGCGGAAGAUACAAGUCUGGGACGUCAGGAAGGCUUUCUUCAACGCUGACUUAGACGAGACGAUCUACGUGCAUCCUGGGAGAGAGCUGUGUCCGCCUGGAAGGUGCUGGUGGUUACGCAAGGCCAUGAACGGUACCAGGAAGGCGUCGCAGAUGUGGGGUGAGCUUGUGAGAACUACUAUGGACGACGGUCAUUGGGAAUGCUUGGUCGGAACUCCUAACGUGUUCUACUUACCUGCUAGCCCCAACACAGCCCCCUUCGACGAGGAUAGCACAGCGAUCUGCCAUGGCGAUGACUUUCUUGCUGAAGGCUACGACGAGCAGCUGGACGAGCUGGACGAGUUGUUGAAGCAGCAGUUUGAGGUCACGGCCAGCGCCAGACUUGGACCAGGAGCGGUAGGGCAGACUACAUACCUCAAGAGGACGAUCGGCUACACCGACAAGUUACCAGGUUGCGAGGAGCCAGGUUUCUUCUGGACUGCCGAUCCCAAGCAUGUGGACUUCAUGAUCAAGUGGACGCAGAAGCGAGGACUUCAGUGUAAGACUUACCUGAUCGAGACCCAGAGGCCCUGCAACCUGAAGAUCUAUAGUGACAGCACAGCUGGACGUGGGAUGUGCAGCCGAGUUGGGGUGGGCAAGGUCAGGCACCUGGAGUUGAGGUACUUGUGGAUUCAGGAGCGGUUGCGUCUCAAGGCGUUCGAGCUUCACAAAGAGGACACCAGCAAGAUGACAGCCGACAUGCUCACGAAGUACAGCGAGUGGCCGACAAUCGAGAAGCAUUGCACCACUCUCAACCUCAGGUUCGGAAAGCAGUUGAAGGGCUUGAGCGCGAUGGCAGUUUUCAAGGAGGUCGUGACGAAGGUGUCAGGCGAGAAGGUGACAGUGUACGGAGGUUCUGACGAGGUUGCGGUUUGCCCCGCGCCUGUCAGCCACUACGUGGACAGCGAGGAGUUCUGGUUCUUCCUGAAGGUGGGACUUGUUGUGGUGACUGCAGCCAGUGUGUUUUUACUGGGGUGCUGGUGUGGUUGCUACUUCAAGAACUUCUACGACAAGUUCCUCCUCCAGGGUGCGGUUAACCCCGCCUCUGGAAGCACUUGCACACCAUCUGCGCGGGCUGACGUCGAGUUCAAGACCGUGUGUGUACAGCAGGACAAAGGAGCAAGGCACAAGCUCUUAAGCACGUUUCUUGUAGCUGACCUGCGAGCUGUCUUGAAGGCCAAGAGCCUGGCCGUGUCAGGGAUCAAGGAGGACCUGGUCACGAGGAUGAUCAAGCACGGGUGUGUUCUGUCGGAUCGCCAGGCCAAAGAGAUCGAGCAGCUGCGGGUGAUGGCUACAGCGCGUGGACCUCUUGCCAAGCUGAGCUUGCAGGACAUCAGCAGUCCAGAGGCCGCGCAGAAGUGGAUCGAGACGUUCAAGAGCGAGUGCUGA